AUGGCAAACCCAUUUUUGAUGGACGACGAACCACUGGCUGGCAGCGAGCCAGUUUCGAAUCCGUUCCUCUUCGGUGAUGACGCACAUGGUGACGAUGGUAUAGCGGCGGGGGUGGAUGAUAAUCCAUUCUUGGCGCAGGGCGGUAACCCAUUUGCGGACUUUGGCGGCGAGGCAGACGAUCCGGCAGCUGCUCCAGCUAUGGCUAACGUAAAUUCUAUGUUUGGUACUGCGGGAGUCAACGCUGUGGUGACAACCGGUGCCGAAAUUUUUGGAGUUACCGACUCCAUUAUGUCCCAUAGUAGUAGCUAUCAACAAUCACAGCAUGUCAACAAUGGUGCUGCAAACUUUUUCGACACUACAAUCAACGAGGAUGACGAUCUGAUCAUACCGAAGCCAACGCAUCUUCAUUUAGGCUCACACACAAACAACAAUUUACUGGACGACGCCACAACCAACGCAUAUUCGAGUGAAGAUGAACUGAAGAUGACCAAAGGAAGCAAUGGCAAAGUGCCACCUCCCAGGCCGGUACCACCACCCUCUCAGGCGACACAGCAACUGAUCAGCUCGAUUGCCGAUCAGCUUGAUCAGACCAGUACGAGCCUCCUGCAAAAAAUCCCGGCUACCAGAACGCCCAGCCCGGUGUCCAUGAGAGAUCUGCACUCUCCCAGUCCAACACCCGACUUUGGCGAUCUGUUAUCCGUCGGAGAGCAGCAAUCUCAACAACCGCAGGAUGAUCUUUUCGGCACUGGAAUGCCACCCAAUGCCAAUGAUAAUCCAUUCGCUGAGCCCGCAGUUCCAACGGCUAACGUCACCACCGCUGCCAAACCCGAAAUUCCAAAGCCUCCACGUCCAAGACCACCUCCACCGCGUCCUGUUCCUCCAAGAAGUUCCCUUGCGUCAUCACCGGUUAUGGCACCCGUUCCCAGUGUUCCACACAUGCCAGCGGCUCCUGCUCCUCCUCCGCAGCAGCAAGAAGCUGACCUCUUUGAUCUAUUUGGAACGGCAACUCCCAAGGUAGCUCCUCCAAAGCCACCAGCGCCAAAAUCGAAAGAGGAUAUUCUUUCGCUGUUCUCCACUCCUUCUGCGCCGGCAGCAGCGGCUGCCCCAGAGCCGAAACAAACAGAUUUAUUGAGCGGUGAUUUUGAUGACAUUUUUGGUGGAGGACCCAAAACUACCGGAGCUGAUUCUUUCGUACCCAAUUUAGCCGAAAAUUUAGUGCAAACCCAGAUUCCACCAGCUGCAGUUGCUCCUGAGCCCCAACCAGAUUACCCAACCGUAACGGAACCAAGUCCGGAACCAGAACCGGAGCCAGAAGAGCAUGAUUUCGAGCAGCCCGCCGAAAUCGAACUCUCUCCGGAAAUAGUUUUCGAAGCUGCUCCACCUGUCGAGGAAGUGGUAAUGCGAUCGGAGGGUUCAUCUGAUUUUAGUCCUACUGGGUCGAACAUCACAUCCGGAAACAUUCCAAGUUCUGUUUCAGGCAGCACGGUUAAUAUUGCUGCGGUUGAAAAGACUGAUGAUGGCUACUCCUUGGAAGCCGACCUGGUGCACGAACCAGCUCCGGCUCCAACUCCUGCGGAAGUAGCUGUACCAAUGGAUUUCAAUCACGUGGAUGCUUUGCCAGCCACGGAAGUGUCAACAGAUGCGUCACAAUUAUUCUUCUCGGAACCGGAAAUGACUACGGCUCCGUCAACCGAUACAGUGAAUCCAUUUGCUCUAGCAGGGGAUGAUAGUAAUCAGUACGCGAUUACCUACGGUCAGCCAACGGCGACCGGAGGGCUUUUCGGAACCAGCGCCAACAAUAAUAAUACAUCUAUUCUGGAUCCACUGGUUAAUUUUACUCAACCGGCACCGGAGCCAGAUGCUUUCGAUUCGUUUGCGGCCAAGUUUGAGGGUACACAGAACAAGGCUGGGAAUAUCUUCCUGGAAAGCGAGUUGGGCAAUUACCCUACGGAGGAUGCGUUCGGUGGAGCGGACGCCUGGGGUACGGGAGAUGUGUCCGGUGGUGGUGGAUUCGACGGCGGCGAUGGUUUUGGCGCUGACGAUGGAUUUGAUGAUCCGUUCCUGUCGAUGCAGGCACCGCCGGUACCGGAGGGAACUCCGUUUGGACGGUCGCACUCAAGAGACUCAGACGAGGGCAAUCAUUUCAGUGUGGUUAUUCGACCGAAGGAGGGCUUGGAAACGGGCCUAGCGCCGGCUUUAGCACCACCACCGAGGAGUCCACAAACGGCUUCGAUUUAUUCGGGUGAUUCUUCCCCACGGGUUAAUCCAUUCGAUAAAGGCGAAGACGCUGAUGCUGCUUUGGCAGCUGUGCCGGAUGCUACGCCUCAGCUACAGCGCACUGAUUCGCAAGAGACACCUCCCACGCCAUUGUUCGAUGAAGAUGUGUCCCAGCCACUGGAGGACUUCCCUCGUAUUGUGUAUUCGGGAGAUGGUUGGGAGAUGCAACUGCGGCAACCGAAUAAGAAAAAGAUCACUGGGCAGCGCUUUUGGAAGAAAAUUUAUAUCCGGCUGGUUUUCCAGGGUGACAAUCCGAUGCUCCAGCUGUACAACGCAGCCAACGAUAAGGAGCCGUUCCAGGAACUUCCACUGCAAGCGUGCUAUUCAGUGUCGGAAAUCGGAGCGCAGCAGUAUGAUAAUUUUGGCAAGAUUUUCACUAUCAAGCUACAGUACGUGUUCUACAAAGAGCGUCCAGGGGUGCGCCCGGGACAGGUGACUAAGGCGGAACGGUUGACCAACAAACUGAGCCAGUUUGCGGCCUACGCCAUUCAGGGUGACUAUCAAGGAGUUAAAGAGCUAGGAAGUGAUCUCAAGAAGCUUGGUCUACCAGUGGAACAUGCUCCGCAGAUAUCGCAGCUGUUCAAGUUAGGAUCGAUGAAUUACGAAGAUAUGAAGCAGUUUUCGGUGUGCAUCGAGGAGGCACUGUUCAAGAUGAGCGUUCACCGGGAUCGCGCACUAACGUACAAGACGGAGGAGGUGCAGGUGACGGCGGUCGAUGAGUUGUACGUUGAGCAGGACGCGGAAGGUCAUGUUGAUAAGCAGAUUGCUAGGGUGCGACUGUUUUUCUUGGCUUUUCUAUCUGGGAUGCCAGAUAUCGAAUUGGGUGUUAACGAUCUAUGGCGUCAGGGUAAGGAGGUUGUUGGACGACACGAUAUUAUUCCGGUUGUGACGGAGGAAUGGAUUCGAUUGGAGGGUGUCGAGUUUCACGGCUGUGUUCAGCAGGAUGUGUAUGAGCGUUGUCGUACGAUAAAGUUCAAACCACCGGACGCGUGUUAUAUUGAACUGAUGAGGUUCCGCAUCAGACCACCGAAGAAUCGAGAAUUGCCACUGCAACUUAAAGCAACCUGGUGCGUUACUGGGAACAAGGUGGAGCUCCGAGCUGAUGUGCUGGUACCAGGAUUUGCGUCCCGUAAGCUGGGGCAGAUUCCUUGCGAGGAUGUGUCGAUUCGGUUCCCAAUACCAGAAUGUUGGAUCUACUUGUUCCGAGUGGAGAAACAUUUUAGGUACGGUUCGGUUAAAUCUGCUCAUCGUCGAACGGGAAAAAUUAAAGGAAUCGAGCGGUUCCUAGGUACCGUUGAGACCCUGCAGGAAUCCCUGAUUGAGGUAACCUCGGGACAAGCAAAAUACGAGCACCACCAUAGGGCAAUUGUUUGGCGGUGUCCUCGACUACCGAAGGAAGGACAGGGAGCUUACACAACGCAUCAGCUGGUAUGCCGAAUGGCUUUGACCAGCUUCGACCAGAUUCCUGAGCAGUUGGCGCCCUAUGCGUACGUGGAGUUUACGAUGCCAGCAACUCAGGUUUCUCACACGACAGUACGGUCGAUCAGUGUUCAGGAGUCGGAAAGCGAUGAGCCUCCGGAAAAAUACGUCCGUUAUCUCGCGAGACAUGAAUAUAGGGUUGGUAUCGAGCAUACGACGGGAGAGUCGGUUAAUGCGUACCUCGCUGCGACCACCGUGAGUAAGCAGCCGAUUCAGGAGGAACAACCAAUGGCUACUACACCAAUCGCUCCAAGUGACUCCGAUUCGGAUUCGAACUAAGGCGACUAAGCCGUAAGCAAUUUGAUGCACGGAAGGUAACGAUUAUCGAAUAAAAAGUUGAUGAGACAUGAGUUGACCUAGCAAUGCAACAUAAAACCAAACUGACAGCAGAUCGUAUGAUAAGAGAAUCGAAAUUCGAGCAGUCAAAAAGGCUUGCUGGGUAAAUGCUAUUUCUAUUCAUACGGCCUGUGGCGAGAAAUAAAAAAGAUGUAAUUUAAUUAUAUUAGUUUGACAAUAAAAUGUAUUCAUGACAGAACACAGAGAUACUUAUAAAAAAACAAGUAACGAAAAGUAUUACAAGUUAAAUCAAGUUUCAUUUAACGUCAAAAACAAUAUGUUCCCUGUUUCCCGUUAGUAAACGCACGAUUAACACGACAUUAAGCAUUACUUGCUUGUACAUAUUAUCCUAAGUUGUUCUGAUGAUUCGUUUAGUUAAAAAUACUAAAAAAUGCUGUAAUAUUCCUUGUAGUGGAAAAAUGCUAUGUUCUACAGUAAACGUGAGACAACUCAAUGUAUGUUAAUCUUAUGCUGCAGCUGAUGUCGUAUACAGUAAAAAUUUAACAAAAAAAAAAACCUUAUAAUACUCGUUGCAAUAGUUCGUAGAUUUAAUAGAACCCCGAUGAGAAGCCAAGAAAAUACUGAACUUUUUCUGCACUGUUUGAGGCGAGAGUGGAGAAUUUUCUUUACCAUUUAAUCCUGCUUUCGGUAUCGAUCACAUAUCAUAGUAGGCCAUCAUUGUUUCCUUUGUUAGUUCCUCAACUCAUGUUUCUAUGUGUUGUUAAACCUCUUCAGAGAGAGGUUUUUCCGAAUGAGAUUUCAAGUAGCGAAGAAGGAGAUGCUUACCAAUAUCUUAGUACUAGUUUGCGUAUUAGAAUAACCCUAACUUAUUUUAGCUCUUUGAAAAAAAAAAGGAACAGAAAAGACGAUGAUGCAUUAUUAUAAUACUACCUACUAACUUACAGGAAAUCUAACUAACACACGUUAUCAUUCACGCAGUACAUGUGUUAAUUAAUAUAUAUUAUUAACAAAUUGUAGAACUUAGCCAAGCAUAAAGAGUAACAAAUCGGGGCGGAUUUUGUUGAGUAAUAAAUCGUCGAUAUAAACUCCUACUAAGGGCAUGUGUAUUAGGUUUUAAAAUGCUAAAGUUUAAAUAGAACAGCAACUGUCACUAAGGAUUCGGAAUGAAUUUACAUGAGAAGAGAAAAGGCAGCAAAAUAAAUACUACUGAUGAAAUUAAAAAUAAUCGUUAUAUACCUACAAAAUAAAAUGAGAAAUGAAUUUAAAUAAUGAUCGAUUAGAAAAACAAAUCAGAAAAAAACACAAAAUACUGCUUGUAUAGAAUGCGCAGCACGGAUGGCGACGGAUAAUACACGCGUAGUGUCAUAUACUAAGCUGAAGAUAUAAUAAUGAUAAUAAUAAAUUUGAUCCAAAAAAAAAAAUCAAUCUGCAAACAACAUGAAAAUAUAAUCCAAAUUAUACCCUAUAUAUACACAAAACACACUCACAUAAUGAGAAUGAAUAAAUGAAAAGAAAAGAUGGAA